AACAAAGACCGGAACUGAGCUAACUGCGCUCUCUCUCUUGGAAGACUCCAAGGCCCAGUAAUCGAUGAACACAGCAAACAGAGAAACAUGUCUUCAGCAGAAAUGAAAGCUAUGUCUUUGAUGAUCUAGUUGAGAACCUGGGAUCUAGAGGAAUGUUCAGGACCCAAGAAAUGGGCAUUUUGGGUUUGUGGGAGGAGUGAGGAAAAAGUCAAAAUUUUGUGUUGGUUUUUGUUGUGAACUGAAGGGUUUUGUGUGAUUAUGGAGCCUCCCAAUGGUAUUGAUAAGUCGAGGGUUUUGGAUGUUAAACCUCUGCGUACUUUGACCCCGGUGUUUCCAGCCGGCGGUCAGGCCCCUAACUUUGGUUGCAUGCCUCCCUUUGGCCAUACCCCUAAUGGGUUUUCGCCUUUUUACCCAUUUAAUGCACCACCACAAGCCACUCAACAAGCACCAGAUCUCAAUAAUCAUGUGAAUCAUACCGGAAUGCAGACACCAGUUGGUCACAUGCCGGCUCCACUUCGGUCGUAUAGAGCCCCGAACCCGUCUGCAGGACUGCCCCAUGACUUUCCGGAGGAGUCCAAUGGAGAUAGGGAGUCGUCAAUGGGUGGGACGGGUGACGAAGAUGGGUAUUUUGAUGGUCAUAAGGACGUGUCUGCUCACCGUGGUUCCAGUUCAGCUCGAAAGACUAACAGAGCUAGUUCAUCUCGUAAGAAGGUUAGGAAACGUGGAGAUGCUGAUGCAUUAUUUUUUCCUGGAAACAAAGGAUCAGGGGUGAACUUUGUUUCUGUGAUCAGUCCAACUCAACUGGAAGAUGGUAACAUUGAGUUGGUCAAUUAUGUACUCAUGAACUUUGAUGCUGUCAGGAGAAGAAUCUGCCAGAUUGAAGAUACCAAGGAAAAGAAUACCGACUCCAUUAAGCGUGCAGAUUUAAAAGCUGGUAAUAUUGCAAUGACCAAAAAGGUUCGAACAAACAUGAGGAGGAGAAUUGGAGCUGUCCCUGGAGUUGGGAUUGGGGACAUUUUCUUUUUCAGGAUGGAAAUGUGUGUGGUGGGAUUACAUGCUCCAUCAAUGGCGGGUAUUGAUUACAUGACUCUCAAGGGUGAUUUGGAAAAAGAUCCCAUAGCCUUGAGCAUAGUUUCUUCAGGAGGCUACGAGGAUGACACAGAUAGCAGUGAUGUUUUGAUAUAUAGUGGUCAGGGUGGUAAUACCAACAACAAAGAUAAGCUGAUGGCUGUCACUGAUCAGAAGCUUGAAAGAGGAAAUCUUGCUCUUGAGAGAAGCCUGCACCGUGGCAAUGAAGUAAGAGUGAUUCGAGGGUUGAAAGAUGAUACAACUCCAAAUUCCAAGGUCUAUAUCUAUGAUGGCCUGUACAAAAUCCAAGAGUCAUGGAUGGAGAGGGGAAAAUCUGGUGGUAACAUGUUCAAGUACAAGAUAGUGAGAGUGCCUGGACAACCAGAUGCCUUCUCAGUUCUGCAAACAAUCCGGAAGUGGAAGGACGGGACUUCAUCAAGGCCUGGGCUUGUUCUCCCAGACCUCACUUCAGCUGCUGAACGUAUACCUGUUUCCCUCGUAAAUGAAGUUGACAACGAGAAGGGGCCUGCUUAUUUCACAUAUUUCCCUUCACUCAAGUAUUCCAAAUCUUUCACUUUAAUGCAGCCUUCUCUAGGUUGCAAUUGUCGUAGUGCAUGCCUCCCAGGUGAUAUGAAUUGCUCCUGCAUUCAAAAUAAUGAGGGUGAAUUUCCUUACACUGGUAAUGGGAUUCUAGUUAGCCGCAAACAGUUGGUGUAUGAAUGUGGUUCUUCAUGUCCAUGCGCUCCUAACUGCAAAAACCGGGUAUCCCAAGGUGGUUUAAAAGUGCGCUUGGAAGUGUUCAGGACAAAGGAUAGGGGCUGGGGCCUAUGGUCAUGGGAUCCUAUUCGUGCUGGUACCUUUAUAUGUGAGUAUGCUGGUGAAGUUAUAGAUGAACUGAAAUUCAAAAAUAAAGGGUACGAAGGCGAAACUGAUGAGUUUAUCUUUGAUACAAGGCGUGAUUAUAACCCCUUCAAGUGGAAUUAUGAACCUGGCUUGCUAGAUGAGGAGAGUCCUAAUGAGUCUGUCGAGGACUAUAGCAUCCCAUAUCCGCUGAUCAUAAGUGCCAAGAAUGCUGGGAAUGUAUCUCGUUUUAUCAAUCACAGCUGUUCACCCAAUGUCUUUUGGCAGCCAGUUCUAUAUGAACAGAACAACCAGUCUUUUCUCCAUAUUGGGUUUUUUGCAAUCAGACACAUUCCUCCCUUGACAGAAUUGACAUAUGAUUAUGGGAUUUCAAUGUCUGUUGAAGUGGACAAUAACAAUGGCCCCCAUAGGAGAAAGAAAUGCUUAUGUGGAUCCUCAAAAUGCCGGGGUUAUUUUGGCUGAUGGUUUCUGUAGUUUGUACCAACAGAGGAGGACAGUGCCAGCGAACAUGGACACUGGUUAACAAUGUUAGCAUCCUUCACCAUGUUUAUUUAUUUUAGAACCAAGCUUUUGUGAUUUCUCUUUUGUAUCUUUGAAUCUCGGAUUGUUUAGUAUGCAGGAUACACCAUGUAUAAGUAUUGAAGCUUGGGUUGACUUUAAUUUUCUUGA